UGUGUCUGUGUGUGAGUCCAGAGUCCAGCUGUGUGUGUGUGAGUCCAGAGUCCAGCUGUGUGUGUGUGUGUGAGACUCAACAUGGAGAAACAGAAGAAGAUUCUUUGUGUUGGACUCGUUUGUCUCGACAUCAUCAAUGUGGUCGACAAAUACCCUGAAGAAGACACCGACAGCAGGUGUGUGUCUCAGCGCUGGCAGCGAGGUGGAAACGCCUCCAACACGUGCACAGUGCUGUCGCUGCUCGGAGCUUCCUGCAGCUUCCUGGGUUCAGUGUCUGCUGGAGGCGUGGCCGAUUUUAUUUUGGAGGAUUUUCAGAAAGUCCACAUUGACGUGUCUCUGGUUCCUGCACGUGCUCAGUGUGACCUUCCAGCCUCCGUGGUCAUCUGCAGCCUCGGGACAGGAAGUCGCACCAUCCUGCACAUGAACAGUUUCAUCAUGGCUGAUUUCACGCUCCGUGCCGUCGAUGUGUCGGCUGUGAUCUGGCAGGUCAAAGGUCAAACUCCGUGUGCGUGUUGCGUGGUUUGCCCGUCCACUGGAUCUCGAACCGUCGUUCUCUCCGACAUGAACCUUCCUGAUGUCACGGCAGCAGAUUUUGCCAAAGUGGACCUGGAUCAGUUCCAGUGGAUCCACUUGGAGGGUCGAAAUGCUGAUGAGCAGGUGAAGAUGAUCGAGAGGGUGGCGAAGCACAACAGCACGUUACCACAGCAACAGAGGAUCACUGUCUCCGUAGAGAUAGAGAAGACCAGAGAGCCGCUAUACCAGCUGUUUCCUCUAGGGGACGUGGUGUUUGUCAGUAAAGACGUUGCUCGUCACUUCGGCUUCGAGUCGGCUGAAGCUGCUGUGAGAGGAUUCUACAGUCGAGUCAAACCAGGGGCUGUCCUAGUCUGUGCCUGGGCAGAAGAAGGAGCAGAUGCUCUGGGUCCUGAUGAUGUCGUCCUCCACUCGGAGGCGUGUCCUCCUGAAGCUCUGGUGGACACGCUCGGAGCUGGAGACACGUUCAACGCCGCCGUCAUCUUCACGCUGUCCAGAGGGAGAAGUUUGCAGGACGCGCUGACCUUCGGCUGCAGAGUGGCUGGCAGGAAGUGUGGUUUCCAUGGUUACGACGAACUCGCUGAACAUUUCAAAGACGACGAAAAUUUAAAAGCUUUAAACUGAGUAAAUAAGUUCAGUUAAAAUCAGUUCAUUAAUCAGAACCAGUUGUUUACAUAACUGAUCAAUAAGUUGAUCAUAAACAGAACUAUUAGUUCAUAUUAGAUAGUGAUUUAUUGAGCAUAAUCAUUUACAUUUCCACUGAUAUUUUAUAUGAACCAAUAACACGCUGCUGAUUUAAUAACAGUUAUGUGUGAAAUGACUGUUGGUCACAUGGUGGCGCUGUGACUUAAAUGAAGUAAAAUGAUUGUGCUGCUGUAUUUCUUCUAACGUGAAUAAAACUGGACAAACUGAUCAA